GGUGCCAGAAGAAAAGAAUGAUUGAUGAGAAACAGACACCAGGCUGUAGACACUCAUCCUUUUGCUUCAAAUACUGAUUUAUCAGUGUGUCUGGGCAUCCCUUGUGAGCUGUGAACACGGAGGAUCACUCAGGGUUAUCGACAGUACAGCUGAAGACCUGCAACUUUGCUAAAAUAUUAUCUGCUUUUGGACAUCUUUCACAAGAAGCCCUGAUAGAUAUGUUAUAAGACAAAGGACAAGCUGCACAUUUCUGUGAAAGGCUAUCAUUUGGAUAUGUUAGGCUUCCACCAAAGUCUUCAACCUAGUAAAACAAGCACCGUAUCCUAAUACUUCACAUUUGAUUUGGAACAUGUUUUAUAACAUACAAGCAUAUAUACAUAUAUAUGUAUAAUUCAUAGACUGUACUAAAAUCAACACUGGUUAUAAUUACCAAGUCAAUUUAAAAGGAUUCAGAGAUGUAUUUGUCAAGAUUCCUGUCACUUCAUGCCCUUUGGGUUACUGUAUCUUCAGUGAUGCAACAUUAUCCUUCAGUGUGGGGACAUUAUGAUGUAUGUAAGACUCAGAUAUAUACAGAAGAAGGGAAAGUUUGGGAUUACAUGGCCUGUCAACCCGAAGCCAGAGAUAUGAUCAAAUAUGUGAAAGUGACCCUGGAUCCCCCUGAUAUAACAUGUGGAGAUCCUCCUGAAACUUUCUGUGCAAUGGGGAAUCCCUACAUGUGCAAUAAUGAAUGUGAUGCAAGUACACAAGAGCUGGCACAUCCACCUGAACUAAUGUUUGAUCUUGAAGGAAGACAUCCCUCCACAUUUUGGCAGUCUACAACUUGGAAGGACUACCCAAAGCCUCUCCAUGUUAACAUUACCCUCUCCUGGAACAAAACCAUUGAAUUAACAGAUAACAUAGUUAUCACCUUUGAAUCUGCACGUCCAGACCAAAUGAUCCUGGAGAAAUCACUUGACUAUGGGCGAACAUGGCAACCCUACCAGUAUUACGCUACAGACUGCUUAGAUGCUUUCCAUAUGGAUCCAAAAUCAGUGAAGGAUUUAUCACAGCACACAGUUCUAGAAAUCAUUUGCACAGAAGAAUAUUCAACUGGGUACAUGACAAAUAGUAAAAUAAUCCACUUUGAAAUCAAAGAUAGGUUUGCAUUUUUUGCUGGACCUCGGCUUCAUAAUAUGGCUUCCCUGUAUGGCCAGCUUGAUACAACCAAGAAGCUAAGAGAUUUUUUUACUAUCACAGACCUGAGGCUAAGAUUGUUAAGGCCAGCCACUGGAGAAAUAUAUGUAGAUGAGCAACAUUUGGCACGCUACUUUUAUGCAAUCUCUGACAUAAGGGUAUAUGGAAGGUGCAAGUGUAACCUUCAUGCCACUAGCUGUAAAGAAGAAAACAAAAAAUUGUUUUGUGAAUGUGAGCAUAACACUACAGGCCCGGACUGUGGGAAAUGCAAGAAGAAUUAUCAGGGCCAACCUUGGAGCCCUGGCUCAUAUCUGCCUAUACCUAAAGGCACAGCCAAUAUCUGUAUUCCCAGUAUUUCCAGUAUUGGUAACUGUGAAUGCUUCGGCCACUCCAACCGGUGCAGUUACAUCAAGCUGCUAAAUAUAGUCAUUUGCGUGAGCUGUAAACACAACACUAGAGGGCAGCACUGUGAGUUAUGCAGGCUGGGCUACUUCAGAAAUGCUUCUGCAGAGCUGGACGAUGAAAAUGUAUGCAUAGACUGUUAUUGUAACCCUUUUGGUUCAGUCCAUGAUCGCUGUAAUGACACAGGAUUUUGUGAGUGUAAGAAGGGGACAUCAGGGCCUAAGUGUGAUAAGUGUCUGCCGGGAUAUAUCUGGCACAGCUUGGGCUGUCAACAAAAUGUAUGUGACAAUGAACUACUACAUUGCCAGAAUGGAGGAACAUGCAUCAACAACGUGCGAUGCCAGUGCCCUCCAGCUUAUACUGGCAUUUUAUGUGAGAAGUUGAAGUGUGAAAGGGAUCCAGGAGGCUGCAACCAAAAUUCGGCCCAGAGGGCAAUAUCACAUGGCCCUCUAUUACUGCUGACUGCUCUACUAGGAGUAACUGGACUUUUCAUAUUCUAGACCCCAUAUGGUCGAUGGCAUCGUGUUCAGACUGCUUCAAAUGGAAUGUGCCACAUGAAAGCAAAAUAGAAUCCAAGCAUUUGCUACUAAAAUAAAAAAGAAACAGAAAAAACCACAUAUAAAGUAAGAAGGCCUAACUGAACUAAGCCAUAUUAAUUAAUUGUGGACAGCGCUCUGAGUCAAGACUGUUAAUUUCUGACUCAAGACAAGUUAGCAGCUGCCAAUUCUAUUACUGCAAAUCACAAUGCCAGCUGCAAAGCUUACACAGGAUUGAAAAGGCUUUGACAGCCCCCAAAAUGGAAAAUAAAAACAUUUGCUACUCCAAUAUGGUGCGCUACUGUACCUCUGCCCAGUGUGUGGACCAACCAAAUAGAGGCAUUCUUUGCUGUCAGUGCAUUGUGGGUAUAAGGAAAUCUGUUCAAGCUGCCAUAUUGGCCUGCUUCAAUCCCUGAAUCCUUUCCAACCUGUGCUUUAGUGAAUGUUGCUCUGUAACCCUUGUUGGUUGAAAGAUUUCUUUGUCUGAUGUUAGUGAUGCACACGUGUAACAGCCCCCUCAAUAAAACUCAAGCCAGUCAUAUCCUUGUAUAUCUUAGCAGCACUGCAUCAUUAAGAUGCUGUGUUCACCUAUUGUACAAGAGUGGCUAUAGGACAAAAGUGUAUUUAUCCUUUUGUAUUCAAAUGAAGUUAUUUUUCUUGAACUAAUGUACAAUGUAGAUUUUUUGUAUUAUUGCCAAUUUGUGUUACCAGACAAUUUGUUAAUGUAUUUCAUUCUAAUCAGAUAUGAAAAAAUAUUACUUUUUAUUUGGUCCUUUUUUUCCUUUCAUUUAAUUGUGCAGAGAUUUCUCUGUAUGGGCAACGUGCUGGCAUCAAAGAAUAUCAGUUUACAUAUAUAACAAGUGUAAUAAGAUUCCACCAAAGGACAUUCUAAAUGUUUUCUUGUUGCUUUAACACUGGAAGAUUUAAAAGAAUAAAAAUUCCUGCAUAAACAAUUUCAGGGGAUUUGCAUUGCUGUUUUUUAAAAACUAUUUAAAGGAAACACUUUCCUUGAUCAUUUUACCAUCUUCUAUAUGAAUAAAAUGUAAAUUAAAAGGCAGAAUGCAGUUUGCAGUGAAGUCUAACACUUUUUUUUCCUUUUGCAAACCAUUAAACCCAAAAAUAUCUAGAUAUUUAGAAAAAUAUACAAAACUCCAAGGACCACCCCACCACACAAUAUUUAAGCUCCCAGCUCCUACCAUUAUUCUCUCAGGUCACUGUUAUUAUCCCAAGGCUACUUUUUCAAAGUAUUAGGAUUGUGGGUUUAUUUUUAUUAUUAUUUUUUAUUCAUGCAGCUUUUAGAUUGACAGUAAUGAAGAACUUAUAGUCAUGGCUUAAAUUUGUAUCUCCUAAAGCUUCAUUAAAAUGAAAUGUUUAUAUAUGUACAAGUCUGCCUCAGAAAAUGCAAAAGCAGCAGCAAUCACAAAAAGGGAGUUUGGUGAUUUAACUUUUAAUAAAGUCAAAUUUAGCACUUAGAGGGAGUGUCAAAAUAUACAGCAGCAAGUAGAUAAAAAGUGCUGCUCCAGCAAAUAAAGUUUGUUUUAAGUAUUGCCCAAGGUGUAAUAAAUUCUUGGUUUUGCCUGUUAUUAGGCCAAUUAGUGUGUGUGACAACAAGGAAUAGAGAGAAAAGUGGAGGCAACCCAACACCACAGCAGUGUUUCAAAGACAAAGAAAAUCAAAAAGUAAUAGCAGCACAUAUGUUCAUUUCCAAGCAAUAUUUGGCAUGUGCAGUGUAAAUAUUUUACCAAUAGUAAUAGCCUAUAAAAGAAAAUUAAUCUACACAGGCAGCAUUUUUAAAAUCAAUAUAUUCUACCUGGACUCUUGUUCCUUCGUGUUGAAUAGACUACAGUUUUGUAAACUAGAUUAUUUUGAUAGCUUCCCUACUUCCAAGUAAAAUAAAAACCAGUAAACUAAUAAAUAGUUUUCCAGUAAACUAGUAAAUACCCAUAGAAAUGCUGGGGCAGGGAGGGAGAACAUUUUUCUCAGUUUUGUUUCUAAAAGAGCCCAUACAAAGGAUGUCAAUACAAGUAAACAGAUAAUACUUGUUCAGGCUAACAUCCUAGCCCUGCAUGUGGAACAUUUUUUACUCAUACCGACAUUUUCUUUUGGUGUGCUGUAUAAGAUACUUAAUCAUGGGUUUGGCCAUGUGCCAGCAGUGCCUACAUAAAAUUGUAGAUUUACAGUAGAAGCAUACCCAUGACAAUAAACAAAAAAUUAUAUUGCGGUCUCACUGCAGAAUAUAAAUGCAAAUACAGGUGGCAUACAGAGAUGAAGAUUACUUAUAAUUAAAUGGAUUUCUAAUAUUAAAAUGUGGAAUUUAAGUUGUCUUAAAGUUUAUUAGUACAUACCAAAUGUAGACCAUGUCAUUAUUAGAAAGGAUGCACUUUAACUGUCGUUAUGCACUUGAGAUGUUGUAAAAGUUCUCUGAAGACAUGUUUUGCACGUUUGCUUAUGGGAGACUCUG